AGGAAGAAGAGAGAAAAAAAAAAAAAAGGAGAGAAUACCUCUCGCCAGAUAAACGAUGGCCGUCAACAUAACCUCCAUCAAGACUGCAUCCAACGGCGCAUGGCAAGGCGACAAUCCGCUCCACUUCGCCUUUCCACUCCUCAUCAUCCAGACCAUACUCGUCCUCGCCAUCAGCCGUUCCCUCGCCUUCCUCCUCAAGCCCCUCCGUCAGCCUAAAGUCAUCGCUGAGAUCAUCGGUGGGAUUCUGCUGGGCCCAUCAGCACUCGGACGGAACAAGACGUACCUACACAAGAUCUUUCCCUCGUGGAGUUCUCCCAUCCUCGAGACCGUCGCCAGCAUCGGACUUCUCUUCUUCCUCUUCCUCGUCGGUCUCGAGCUCGACCUCAACUCCCUCCGCCGCAGCGGAAAGAAGGCCGCGGGCAUCGCAGCGGCAGGCAUAUCCCUGCCGUUCAUCUGCGGAAUCGGCGUCGCCUUCGUCCUCCGCAAGGCCGUGGACGGCGCGGAUGAGGUCAACUACGGCCCCUUCUUCGUCUUCAUGGGCGUGGCCCUCUCCAUCACCGCCUUCCCCGUCCUCGCCCGCAUCCUCGCCGAGCUCAAGCUCCUCACAGUCUCCAUCGGCGAGACGGCCAUGGCGGCCGCGGCGUUCAACGACAUCGCCGCCUGGGUCCUGCUCGCCCUGGCCGUCGCCAUCUCCGGCGACACCAAGGGUGGCGUCCACAAGAGCCCGCUGAUCUCCCUGUGGGUCCUACUCUCCGGCGUCGCGUUCGUCGUCUUCAUGCUGGUGGCGAUCCGGCCUGUGAUGGGCUGGGUGGCGCGGCGCUCGUCGGCGCACGAUAGCGAGGCGUGCAUAGCGAUCACGCUGGCGGGGGUGCUUGCGUCGGGAUUCGUGACGGAUUUUAUUGGGAUCCACUCAAUCUUCGGGGCGUUCGUAUUCGGGCUGGCGAUUCCGAAGGAAGGGGAGUUUGCGGGGAGGCUGAUAGAGAAGAUCGAGGACUUCGUGUCGAGUCUGCUGCUGCCGCUCUACUUCGCGUCGAGUGGGCUGAAGACUGACGUGGCCAAGAUCCACGGUGCCCAGGCGUGGGGCUUGCUUGUGCUUGUGAUCGGGAGCGCAUGCUUCGGGAAGAUAUCUGGGACGUUCGUCGUGGCGUUGCUGAGCAAGAUACCGGCGCGGGAGGCGCUGACGCUGGGGGUGCUGAUGAAUACCAAGGGCCUGGUGGAGCUCAUCGUCUUGAACAUUGGCAAGGAGAAGAAGGUUCUCAACGACGAGACAUUCGCCAUACUAGUCCUGAUGGCACUCUUCACGACGUUCAUCACAACCCCAGUUGUCAUGGCCCUCUACAAGCCCGCCCGCGCCAUAUCUGCCUACAAGCAACGCAGGCUCCAAUCAGAAUCCCCCAACAAAGAUAAAAAGCAGCUUCGGAUCUUAGCGUGUCUCCAUGGACCCGCCAACAUCCCUUCCAUCAUCAACCUCAUAGAGACGAUCCGAGGCACGAACAAAUCCCUACUCAAGCUCUACAUAAUGCACCUGGUCGAGCUCACCGAGCGCUCUUCGUCGAUUGCCAUGGUCUUCAGAGAACGCAAGAACGGCCUGCCGUUCCGUAACCCGCUGCGGAAGCAGACGAAUGAUAAGGUGUCCAUCGCAUUCGACGCUUAUAGGCAGCUGGGCCGGGUCUCGGUCCGGCCCAUAACCGGCGUUUCGGCCCUGGCCAGCAUGCACGAGGACGUGUGUAGCGUGGCCGAGGACAAGCACGUGCAUAUGGUAAUCUUGCCUUUUCACAAGCAUGCGAAGAACGGUGGGGAGCGUGGUGACGUGGCGAUGGAGAAUGUGGGGCCCGGUUGGAGGGAGGUAAACCAACGGGUGUUGAAGGAAGCGCCUUGCUCGGUGGGGGUUCUGGUCGACAGAGGGCUCGGUGGGGCCCAGCAGACGAAGCCCGGUGACGUGGCGCAUGGGGUGUGCGUGUUGUUCUUUGGUGGGCCUGAUGAUAGGGAGGCGUUGGAGCUGGCGGGUAGAAUGGCGGAGCAUCCUGGGGUGAGGGUUGACGUCGUUAGAUUCUUAGAAGUGAAGAACGCUGUUGGUAACGGCGUUAUGUUGAAGCCGUCUCCGGAGAAGCGUACGGCGAAUAGCUACAGCUUCUCGACGGCUGUCGUUGAUCGUGAGAGAGAGAAGGAGCUCGACGAGAUUGCGAUCGCCGAGUUUCGGCGAGGGAGGGAAGGACAGGUAGGGUAUGAAGAGAGGCGAGGCAGCAACAUCGUGGAGAGCGUGCUGGAAAUCGGCAAGAAGCAGCAGUAUGAGCUGAUUGUGGUGGGGCAGGGUCGAUUCCCAUCGGCGAUGGUAGCCGAGUUAGCGGAGCGCGUAGCUGAGCAUGCAGAACUGGGGCCCAUAGGUGAUAUCCUUUCAUCUUCGGGCCACGGCGUGGCAUCGUCGGUGCUUAUUGUUCAACAGCACGACGGAGUCCAUGCGAACGUUACACCUGUUUCAAAGAUCGUCGGCAGUGACGCUGCUGCUAACUUGGUGUGAUUUAGAAAUAUUAGAUUAGGCAUCUGCUGCCAAUUCGUCGACUUUCUAUUUUUCGGCCAAAAAUGAUGAGUGUCCUAUUUCGCUUAACUAUGUUAUUCUCUUAAUUUUAAUAAGCACUUUUUAUAUUGGACACAACUAAUAAAGCAUAAUGGUCAUAAAUAGUAAAAAUGAAAAUAGAAUGGACUUUCGGCCUUUUAUCAGCUAAAAUUGCUAAAAUAGCUUCUCUUACCUAAAAUUAUAUAUGAUGGCUGUAAAUAGUAAAAAUAUAAAUAAAAUGGAUUUUUAACCGUAGAUCUGCUAUCGUAUCUUCUCUUAUCUCAAAAUCAUAUAUGGUGGUUAUAAAUAGUAAAAAUAGACAUAAAAUGGAUUUUCCACCGUCGAUUUGAUAAAGUAGCUUCUCCUACCCUAAAAUUAUAUAUGAUGGCUAUAAAUAGUAAAAAUAGAAAUAACAUGGAUUUUCAACAGUUGAACCACUGAAGUAGCUCCUCCUACCCAAAAUCAUAUAUGAUGGCUAUAAAUAGUAGAAUAGAAAUAAAAUGGAUUUUCAACCGUGGAUCUGUUAAAGUAGCUUCUCCUACCCUAAAAUCAUAUAUGGUAGCUAUACAUAGUAAAAAUAGAAAUAAAAUGAAUAGUAAAAAUAGAAAUGAAAUGAAUUUUCAACCGUGGAUCUGCUAAAGUAGCUUCUCCUACCAACAAUCAUAUAUGACGACUAUAAAUAGUAAAAAUAGAAAUAAAAUGGAUAGUAAAAAUAGAAAUAAAAUGAAUUUUCAAUUAUUAAUCUGCUAAAGUAGCUUCUCCUACUCCAAAAUCAUAUAUGGUACCUGGAAUAACUCAUUCUGGUUUGCGAGAUACAUCUUUUUUAAGGUUCUGAUGAUCCGAAUCACUUCCGCCUCCCAUCGGGCCUUCUCUAUCUAUCCGGGUACAUGAAAGUGUCCACAACCCGCUCUACAUCAAUAUGGGGGUAUGCGCCCUUGCCAUUUUGCAUGAAAUCAAGGGUGUGAUUUGCUGAGUCGACUCAACUCAACUCGAAAACUCAGACGAGUUUCCUGGAAGUUUGUAUGGGUUUUUCCAAUGUUGUCGCUAAUAUUUAAAUAAUACAAAAUUAUAGUCGAGUUUUGCUGAGCUUA